AGCCCAGAGCCGUUAGACUCAAGAGCAGAUUACAGGGUGUGCCUGCCUGCCUGCCUCUGAAGGUUGCAAAAGCAAGAUUUCAAAAUUAAUCCUACUCUGGAGACCUCGACCUAGUGUACAAAGUUCCUGGCUGGAAAAAGAAGAACUGUAUCAUUCUUUUGUUGUUGUUCUUCUUCUUCUUCAAACCUUUACCCUUACUCUUGUAUCCCCGCCUUCUCCUUCUGCAGGAAACUUUAUUUCCUACUUCUGCACACCCAGUUCCUACCUCCAGAUCUGCUCGGUUCUGUUGCUGAGAAGCCUGACACACCAGGGCCACUUGGAAGGAGCCAUCCACGGGACGCAGGGAGAUGGGCGACGAUAAAGACACGCUGACCCAGCUCGGCCACCCCAUGCUGGCCACAGCUCAUUCUCUGCUGGUGACGAACAUCAAGGGGUACGAGGAGGACACCACCUCCCCUUUCGACUACGGGGAAAGCGAGCCCUGCAAAAAAGUGGACGUGAAACGGAUCUCCGUCUGGCUCCUGCCUCUGCUGUACUCGAUGGUGUUCGCCGUCGGCUUCGUGGGCAACCUGCUGGUCGUGCUCACCCUGAUCAACUGCAAGAAGCUGAAGAGCAUGACUGACAUCUACCUGCUCAACCUGGCCAUCUCCGACCUGCUGCUGCUCCUGACUCUGCCGGUGUGGAUCCACUCUGUCACAAAUGAGUGGGUCUUGGGGGGCGUGAUGUGUAAAGUAAUCACAGGGGUGUAUCAGGUUGGUUAUUUUGGGGGGAUCUUCUUCAUCAUCCUCUUGACCAUUGACAGGUACCUGGCGAUCGUCCAUGCCGUGUUUGCUCUAAAAGCCAGGACGGUCACGUUCGGGGUGGCCACGAGUGGGGUCACGUGGGUGGUGGCCGCGUUUGCCUCUCUCCCGGGCAUCAUCUUCACCGAAACCAAACUUGAAGACGGUGCUCAUUUCUGUGGCCCUUACUUCCCGGUGGAAUGGAAGAAUUUCUAUUCAAUCAUGAGGACCAUCUUGGGCCUGGUCCUGCCGCUGCUGGUCAUGGUCAUCUGCUACUCGGGGAUCCUGAAGACCCUGCUCCGCUGUCGGAACGAGAAGAAGAGGCACAAGGCGGUGAGGCUCAUCUUCGUGAUCAUGAUCGGCUACUUCCUUUUCUGGACGCCCUACAACGUCACCCUCAUCCUGGACACCUUCCAGGUGUUCUUCGACGUGAGUAGCUGCGAGACCGCCAGCCAGCUGGACAAAGCCAUCCACGUGACAGAGACCCUGGGGAUGACGCACUGCUGCGUCAACCCCAUCAUCUACGCCUUCGUCGGCGAGAAGUUCAGACGCUACGUCUCCGUGUUCGUGCGAAAGCACAUCGCCAAACACCUCUGCAAACAGUGCCCGAUUUUCUACCGGGAGACCGUGGAUCGCGUGAGUUCAGGAUACACCCCUUCCACGGGGGAGCAGGAAGUCUCAGCCGGCUUGUAAAAAGGAGCAGCCGCCGGCUUGUUAUUUUUAAAGGGACAUGGCCAUCUCUCUAUGAUAGCACGCCUUGAGGGUUUGUUGAAGUAUACAGGUCUGCAAGUCUCUCAAGCAAGUGCCUAGGAACCUUGACAACCUUGACAUUGCAUGCACCUAGACAGACUCACGUCACCCCUUGUACAGCCGACGUGUCCUUGGGGAAUAUUCCAGAACAACCGUGGGCAGGGACUUGGACUCUGCAGCAAGCUCAUCUCAGUUCCGGGACAAUGCCCCAAUAGCCCGUGUUUAGCUCUCCCCCCGGUCUUCACCGUGUCUUUGCCCGCUCCCUGACUCCAGCAGUCUCUUUAACCAGGUGCCCGGGGAGACCGCCGUGGGUGGAGGGAGUGAGGGUGAGUGGGGUCGGCUGUGUGCACAGAGAGGAGGGGGCGUGAGUAUGGCGGAGCCUGGAUGAGGCUGAAAGUCAGGGGGUUGCUCGUUGGGCCCAGCAAGGACCGGUCCUUAGCCCCAUCUCCCACCGUGUUUGACUUUGCAGGCUGCCCCAGGCCCCGGAGAGCUCAGGGGCUGUAGUCGCUUUCUGACACCUUUGCUUGAGCCCCCUGAUCCUCUCCUCCAUAACUUCGUUUUCGAUUUAUUCUGCUUUAUCUAUACCGACCACGCACCCUACCUUUGCAAUCCAGUAGAUUCCCACUGUCCCCCAGUUUCUUCAGCUAAUCCCCCUGUAUAAAAGUGUGUACAAAUGGUUGUUUAUGAAAUACGCAUAAUCUAUAACAAGAUGAAAAAAAUAAAGCCCUUGUUUUGUUUUUCCAGGGAAAGGGGAGGGUUGCAGGUAGCAAUUAGGAGAAAGGGUGGGGACAAUGAGUCCCCCCAUCAGGGUGCAGGGCCGUAGCAGGAGUGAGAGCAGCCUUGGCUCAGCGGGGUGGGCAUUGUUCCUCAAAGCGAAAGGCUGUGGGUUCGAUUCCCAGUCAGGGCACAUGCCUGGGUUGCGGGCCAGGUCCCUGGCUGGGGGCUCGCAAGGGGCAAUCGAUU